CUGUGGAGAGCCGGGAGCCCAGGAUGCUGCCGCUGCCACUGCCGCGCGACAGGUUCGGGUCCGAGCGGAGCUCAGUGUGAGCAGAGAACAGGGCGGCUGGCUGUGCGUGUGAGGAGGCUGCUGUGGGAACUCACUGAGUGCCCUCCCCGCCUGCCAUGUCCAGGAAGAAGACUCCCAGGAGCAAGGAGGCCAGCACUCCCGCUGCCUCAGUGUUGCCCGCCGCCAACGGGUCCCGGCCGGUGCGCCCCAGGACUGCGUGCCCCCGCUCCGAGGCGCCGCCCAACGGGCCCCCACAACCCGGCCGGCCCUCGCUUGGCGGUCGUGGCGACUUCUACGACGUAGCCUUCAAGGUCAUGCUGGUGGGGGACUCUGGCGUGGGGAAGACCUGCCUGCUCGUGCGCUUCAAGGAUGGAGCUUUUCUGGCAGGAACCUUCAUCUCCACCGUGGGCAUCGACUUUCGGAACAAAGUACUGGACGUGGACGGCAUGAAGGUGAAGUUGCAGAUCUGGGACACGGCAGGCCAGGAGCGGUUCCGCAGUGUCACCCAUGCCUACUAUCGUGAUGCACAUGCACUGCUACUGCUCUAUGAUGUCACCAACAAGGCUUCCUUUGACAACAUCCAGGCCUGGCUGACUGAGAUCCAGGAAUAUGCCCAGCACGACGUGGUGCUCAUGCUGCUAGGGAACAAGGUGGACUCUGCCCAGGAACGUGUGGUGAAGAGGGAGGAUGGGGAGAAACUGGCCAAGGAGUACGGGCUGCCUUUUAUGGAGACCAGUGCCAAGAUGGGCCUCAACGUGGACUUGGCCUUCACAGCCAUAGCAAAAAGCAAAAUGGAGGUUGUCUCAGCAGGUGGGAAGUAUGAAUUUUCAUUUUUAUGUCUAUACUCCUUCCCAAGACUGCCCAGGGAUGAGCCAGUCCCCCCACAGACUCCUAUGGUGUGAAAAAUAAAGACUCUUGCACUUCAAUAAAUUCU